UUUUGUGUUGUUGCUGCUCUUUACUCGCAUAUUCGUUGUUCUGUGACUGUUGCCUUGGCUAUCGAGAUGGAGAUUCGUUGUCUAGGAAUGCUAAUGUUGUGUAUGUCGAUAUUGGUUAACGGCAUUCCGAGGCCGAACGAAGGGGGAGCGAAGAAACGCGUUCAUGAACAACAGCCGCUUUCAGGCGAGGAACAUUACCAGAGUAACAAGCAACACAACGCGGAAUACGACCACGAAGCGUUCUUAGGCAACGAACAGAAGGCCACAUUUGAUCAGCUUUCACCCGAAGAAAGCUUACGUAGACUUGGAAUCCUUGUGGACAAGAUCGAUCGUGAUGGCGACAAAAAGAUAACAGAGGAAGAACUGAAGUUCUACAUUGAUCACACACAAAAGCGAUAUAUUUAUGAAGAUGUUGAUCGACAAUGGAAAGAUCUCAAUCCAGAUAACAAACCUUCCAUACUCUGGGGAGAAUAUGUGAAUAGAACAUAUGGCUUUGAUGUUGAUGAUCCACAGAGAAACACGGAGUUCAAUUACAAGGAUAUGAAACGAAGGGACAGAAGAAGGUGGGAGAAAGCCGACCUUGACAACAACGAUAAGCUGACCAAGGAUGAACUGACGUCAUUUUUACACCCAGAAGAGAUUGAUCACAUGAAAGAAAUCAUGGUGGAGGAGACGAUGGAGGAUAUUGAUAAAGAUAAAGACGGGAGAAUUUCGUUAGAUGAGUAUAUCGGCGAUAUGUAUUCGGAAGAUGAACGAAAGAACAAUGCUGAAGAACCUGAUUGGUUAAAGACUGAGAAAGAGCAAUUCACAAGAUACAGAGAUAAAAAUGGUGAUGGUUACAUGGGCAAGUCUGAAGUGAAGGACUGGAUCCUACCAGCAGAAUAUGACAAUGUUGCUGCAGAAUCUACACAUUUGAUGCACGAGGCUGAUGCUAAUAAGGAUGGAGUUCUAACGAAAGAGGAAAUUUUGGAGAAACAUGACAUCUUUGUUGGCAGCCAAGUGACAGACUUUGGUGAAGCAUUAGCUCGUCAUGACGAGUUUUAGUCACGUACAUUUGCCUGCUAUUGACAGUUUAAUAUGAUUAUGAUUUUAUCAACGCUUUCAUUCUUCACUGUCAUAGAGUGGGAAUAUUAAUAUAUAUAUUUAUAUAAAGAAAUUAUUUUCCUAUACAUGUGUUAACUUUAUAUUGUCGUGCAUUCUCGAUUUGUAAAAGUAUUUUU